AUGCUGCGGGCGUUUCACAAGCAGUAUCCCAGCUACAACUUGACGCCGCUGCUCUACAAGCGGCAGCAGCAAUUGAUCGAUGCUCGGGCCUUCAACGAGUGGCUGGCCAACCGGCGGCAGCGCCAGGAAGGCGAGGCCUAUACGGAUGAAGUGGGGCGUGCAGUCGACGCCGUUAACAGGAGGAUCCCCCAGUUGAGGUGGGCCCCCGCCGAGCGGGCGGGCGUGCGUCGCGUGGCCCGCGAUGUGGCUGCCGGGCGCAACACUAGCGACUCUGCGGAGCGGCGUGCGCACGGCUUCCGCGUACGGCCGUCAUACUCACAGGUCCUGGGCUACAUCGCUGAGGGCGAGCCCUUGCGCAUCGACCUCCCAAACCGCAAUGCCAGCAUCCUGACUUCCAGCCACUUCUGGCUGGACGACUAUCCCCAGAGCUCCGAGCCCGAGCCAGCCCCGCUGCCCCACACGACCGUGAACCCUGCAGCAGCCUACGAGGAUGCCAAUGAAGGGUAUGAUGGCGUGCCCUUCCCCCGCCGAGAUUUCCUGCGCCCACGGCCCUUUGACAUGGACAGCGAACCGGAUUUUGGGGCCGUGGACCCCGGGCAGGCUCUAAGAAACGACGGGUUUCAGCCCCCAGCACCGCCAAGCUUCCUCAGCCGGAUGCAGCAGGCUGAAGCCGCUGCGGGAGCUGCAGCUGGACUGGCGGGCUCUGCCUCUGCCAUUGCGGGGCACGGACAAGACCAAAACAAUGCAGCGCGCAGGGGAAGGAACUGGAUCGACCGGAACCUACGCAUUCCGCGCACGCCCGAGGGCCUCGCGCCCCCGCCCGACGAAGUAGCUCCACCCCAAAUCAUCGGCCGGCCAAGUGAAGUGGAGCCGCUUCUGGAGCGGGCGGGACAGCGAGCCCAGGAGGUGGAGAGGGCGGCAGCCCGAGACAUCGAGCAGUUCAUGAGCGAGCAGGUGGCCGAGGCGGAGGCGACCGAGGGCUUCGCUUCCACCGCAGAAAUCGCUGCGGGGGCUGCAGAAGCGGCAGGUGCUGCAGAGGCCGCAGCGGGUCCGGGCGCGCUUGCGCUGUUUGGCGAGGCAGCAUUGGGCACCGCUGCGGGCAUGGGAGCAGCGGCGGGGGGCUUGGCUGUGGCAGGCGGGGCGGCCGCACUCGUGGGAACCGCAUGGGCACUGCACGGCGGCAUGGUGGCGGCAGAGCACCUUUUGGGCUGGGGUGGAGGCGGAGGAACCGACACGGACGCCUCCCGACCCAGCUCGGCCCCCGACAUCCAGACCUUGAAUGGGAUGCAGGAGUUUGGGGCGGAGCAGCACUUCCAGCUCCGGGAGCCACAGGCCUCACGGCAACGCCCGCAGUUUUACCGCAUGGACACCGACAGCGAAUCGGAGCCGCGGGCCCAGCCGCCCCCGCGCAUGCAGGCUCGCCCCGCGAGGCCCACGCGCUUCCCCACGGGCUUGAACCCCGCUCCCUUGGCGCAGUCCUCGGGCAGCGAGUCCUCCCGCGGGCCUCGCAUGCAGAGGCCGUCCCGCGCCGCACCGCCCCCGUCGUUCGAGGCGCUUCGAAGCGCGAGCGAGCCGGAGGCCGCUAUGGAGCAGGUAACUGCUGCCGUAAAUGAUGAGCUGGUCCAGUCUUUGUCGUUUCGGUUGGAGACCUCCAACGUUAACUAUGUGCAGAGCCGCAAAGACGUCCAGUACUACCCGAGCUCCCUGAGCGUCUUCACGCCGACCACGAGCCGCGUGCGCCGCAUCCCGCUGACCAGCGGCAUGGACUUCGUGGACGGCGAGAGCGUCAAGCUCGGCUUCACGGUGCGCAACACCUCCACCACGGCGACGCUGCAGCUCGCCUCGACGGACCCGAGCUGUCUCAUCGACCGCAUCGAGGUCUUCGCGAACGGCACUCGCAUCGAGGACAUCUCCUAUUACAACCGCUGCUCGUACCUCUACAGCCUCCUGAAGAACGAGGAGUGGUGGCUGAACCGGCACAUCCAGGGCUUCCUGGCGGACGGCGGGGGCCACGCCGAGGAGAUCCCGGCCUCGGGCUCCCGCACCGUGCUCAUGAGCCCGCACCUCAUCGGGAUCUUCAACUGCGGCAAAAUGUUGCCCCCCGAGCUCGGCCUUGUUCUUCAAAUCACCUUCUGCGACCCCACCGACGGGGCCCGCAACGUCAGCGGGAGCCAGGAGUACACCAUCGAGAACGUGAAGCUCUACGCCUCCCAGGUGACCCUCGACUCCGCCCUUCGCGAGAGCUUCCAGAGGAUCAUGACCAGCGGCCGCAGCCUGGUUUUCAGCUUCCCGACGAUGCACACGCAGCUCUCCAGCAUCCCCGCAGGGUCCACCAGCUACAAUACUACAAUAGCACGGGCAUUUACGAAAUUGCUCGGCGCCUUUGUGACGUUCAACAAGACCACGGAGGACCACGUGGACAAUUUCGAGUACCCUGGAGCGAAUGCGAAUCGGAACCUCAAGGGCCAGCUGCAGCUGGGUGCGUUGCAAUAUCCUAGGACGGCCAACGAGAGCAUCGCCGAAUGGCACCACUUUUUGGAGAUCCUGGCGGGCACCUAUGACUCCAAGCUUCGCAACAUGCGCAUCCGGGACAACCUCUACGGGAACACGCAGUUCAUCGCGGCCUUCCCGGUGGAACGAGUGCCCAAGCAUCCGCUCUCGGGCAUCUCGACCCGCUCCGGCGACCUCUGUCGCUUCAGCUUCAGCAACAUGGAGGCGGAGCGCGUGGACCAGUGCUUCGUGCACAUGCUCUCCUACCAGCUCGUGACGCUCUCAGGAGCUGGGGUCAGUUCCCUCGACUAG